AUGGAAAUGGCUGAAGGUAAGAUUACGCCUGCAGGCAGAUCAGGCCAACUCCUGGAAAAAAUCUGGCACCUGAACUUGCUAGUGAGAAACGAGCUUCUGAAAAGUGAUCUGGAUCACGAAGGUACAGCAGAGUAUGUGCUUAGGCUGAUCUCGUUAACAAGAGAGCUGAGCAGAUCUCUCAGCCGGCAGCUGGAGAACGUUACAGAAAGCCUUCAAGACACUUGCCACUUGUUGAGUACUCUCCAUGACAAACACCAGGAAUCGACUGCAAGUCCAGAGUACAAUGGAAUUAUAGAUUGUCUGCAGAAAGUGAAGGAUUGUUUGAUAACUACAGUCUCACACCUUCAUGAGGCAGAAAAUAAACUUUGUGCCGCUAGCCCCAGACACGAUGAUGAUUCUCAGAUCCAGGCUGCUCAAAAACCUUCUAGAGAAACAGACGUGGUUCUGAACAUUUAUUCUGAAGGAGAAGCGACAGGACCUGUGCAAGAACCUUUUAAAUGUUCCCAAAGAACUCCUUCCCUGAACAAGGCAGACAGUCAGAAUGUUAAUCAAAUCCAGCCAAGUGAAACUAAAACUGUGGGAAAAGACAUUGUUGCAUUGUUAGCUGAAAACUCACCUGCUGGAGAACAGGACAAUAGCAGAGAACCUCCAAUAAAAAAGGAAGAUGGUGAACAGAGACUACCAAUGAGCUCCACUACAGAGAAAAAAGAUUGCAGUGAAGAAGAUAAACCUCUUGGAGGUAGCUCUGUUACUGAAAAGGCUCCACAACUGGCUUUUCAAGAUGCUGUGAGGAGCAGUGGGGAAGGCAUCCUAUCUGGGAUGUUGAAAGACGUUUUUGACAGAUCUGCCAGAAAUCUUUUUGAACAGGAAAAAGAGGGAGUAGUCAAAGAAUCUUCAAAAGGGGUAGGAAGUCAAGAACAUAGGCAGACAGAGCAAAUGGAAGGCAGUAAAGUGGAAACAAACCAUGAGAUUUGUAGGAAUGACCUAGUGACCUUCACAUCUUCAGCACAAACACGUGAACUUACUGCUGUGAAUCCUUCUGUGAAUGAUUCAGAAGAAAUACAAAAAUCUGGGCAAUGGAUGACCAAAGAAUUUCCAGUGGAAGGGAGUGGUAAGAAGGAAUGUGAAGUAGCUUGUUUUAUUAAAGCUCCUGCAACUGCUCUGGAGAAUCUGAAGUGUAAAAUAGUCAAUGAUACCAGUUCCUUGGUGGUGGAUGAUACUGAGGAGCUGGUCAGCAAUGUCAUCAGUAUUGAAUGCUCUGAUCCUGAGAAAACAAUCCCUUUUCCUAUCAACAUCGCAAUCCCAUUUACUUCAUGGUUCAGAGGAAAUUUUCGGGAGAUCGUGGUGAAGGUGACCGAUGGGAACUUUCAAUCAAACUACUUGACUCCCAUUUCUUUGGAGGGAUACCAAGGAAACCAUAAGGAAAACUUUGCAGAAGUGAAAAUUUACCAGCUGGGUGUUUUUUCUGUGAUGUCAUGCUUAAAGAAAGAAACAUUUACUGUUCCAAAGAUAGGACUCUCACAAAAGCUGAGCAUGGAUUCUAGAAUAUCUUUCUAUUACCCUCCAGAAACAUUCGACUCUCCAGCACCCGUGCAGUUAAAGGUUCAGCCAAUUGAACCAUCAUUGGUUUCCACCUUGAAAGCGCGACACGAUAUGUACCACUCGGUGGUAUCUACUAGUGCGUUGGUUUAUGUCCAGCAUCCUUCAGCCCAACCAUUCAACAGCCCCAUCACUAUUACUCUGCCCUGUCCUCCAAACCCAGAAAAAAAAAGGCAAGGAGAGGAGACAGAACAUGCAAGAGCCAUUAGCGCUACAGUAAAGAGGGUUGCUAUGGCACACCAUCCUCGGGCUGUGAGUGCAUCUGUGAGAAAAAAUGGGGAGAAUCUCAGUGAUACAUUGAAAUUAUUAGGUCACAGAAACAAAGAGGAGGGGUGGAAGGUGUUUGAUGAUGUUAUUAUCCAGAAUGCACGGAAUGGACUUGUAUCAUUUGAACUAAAUGAACACUUAGAAAGCUUUGUGGUCAUUCGCCUUUUGUUCCUCUUGGAAAACACACACCUUGUCCUCUUUGCUCAGGGUCUGGAAGAAGCUGUUUGUAGCACCAUGGCUAAUGUGAUACUCUAUCGGAAAAGAGAAAAUCCCUAUAAAAUAGUAGUUUUGCUCUCUGCAUCCAAAGAAUUGACCUGGGAACUUCAAAAGCUCCACAAGGAGGGCUACUUUGGUCCCCCAGAGCCUACGCAGCAGUUCCCAUUAAGAGAAGGAGAGCAGAUUCAUUUUAAGUUUAGAGGGAAUAUUUUUGCUUCAGAUGAUCUUCAGGGAUCUCUUCCACAACUGGCUUUUCAAGAUGCUGUGAGGAGCAGUGGGGAAGGCAUCCUAUCUGGGAUGUUGAAAGACGUUUUUGACAGAUCUGCCAGGAAUCUUUUUGAACAGAAAAAUGAGGGAGUAGUCAAAGAAUCUUCAAAAGGGGUAGGAAGUCAAGAACAUAGACAGACAGAGCAAAUGGAAGGCAGUAAAGUGGAAACAAACCAUGAGAUUUGUAGGAAUGACCUAGUGACCUUCACAUCUUCAGCACAAACACGUGAACUUACUGCUGUGAAUCCUUCUGUGAAUGAUUCAGAAGAAAUACAAAAAUCUGGGCAAUGGAUGACCAAAGAAUUUCCAGUGGAAGAGAGUGGUAAGAAGGAAUGUGAAGUAGCUUGUUUUAUUAAAGCUCCUGCAACUGCUCUGGAGAAUCUGAAGUGUAAAAUAGUCAAUGACACCAGUUCCUUGGUGGUGGAUGAUACUGAGGAGCUGGUCAGCAAUGUCAUCAGUAUUGAAUGCUCUGAUCUUGAGAAAACAAUCCCCUUCCCUAUCAACAUUGCAAUCCCAUUUACUUCAUGCUUCAGAGGAAAUUUUCGGGAGAUCGUGGUGAAGGUGACCGAUGGGAACUUUCAAUCAAACUACUUGACUCCCAUUUCUUUGGAGGGAUACCAAGGAAACCAUAAGGAAAACUUUGCAGAAGUGAAAAUUUACCAGCUGGGUGUUUUUUCUGUGAUGUCAUGCUUAAAGAAAGAAACAUUUACUGUUCCAAAGAUAGGACUCUCACAAAAGCUGAGCAUGGAUUCUAGAAUAUCUUUCUAUUACCCUCCAGAAACAUUCGACUCUCCAGCACCCAUGCAGUUAAAGGUUCAGCCAAUUGAACCAUCAUUGGUUUCCACCUUGAAAGCAAGACAUGAUAUGUACCACUCGGUGGUAUCUACUAGUGCAUUGGUUUAUGUCCAGCAUCCUUCAGCCCAACCAUUUAACAGCCCCAUCACUAUUACCCUGCCCUGUCCUCCAAACCCAGAAAAAAAAAGGCAAGGAGACGAGACAGAACAUGCAAGAGCCAUUAGCGCUACAGUAAAGAGGGUUGCUAUGGCACACCAUCCUCGGGCUGUGAGUGCAUCUGUGAGAAAAAAUGGGGAGAAUCUCAGUGAUACAUUGAAAUUAUUAGGUCACAGAAACAAAGAGGAGGGGUGGAAGGUGUUUGAUGAUGUUAUUAUCCAGAAUGCACGGAAUGGACUUGUAUCAUUUGAACUAAAUGAACACUUAGAAAGCUUUGUGGUCAUUCGCCUUUUGUUCCUCUUGGAAAACACACACCUUGUCCUCUUUGCUCAGGGUCUGGAAGAAGCUGUUUGUAGCACCAUGGCCAACGUGAUACUGUAUCGGAAAAGAGAAAACCCCUACAAAAUAGUAGUUUUGCUCUCUGCAUCCAAAGAAUUGACCUGGGAACUUCAAAAGCUCCACAAGGAGGGCUACUUUGGUCCCCCAGAGCCUACGCAGCAGUUCCCAUUAAGAGAAGGAGAGCAGAUUCAUUUUAAGUUUAGAGGGAAUAUUUUUGCUUCAGAGAAUGGAAAAGAUUUUGGAAAAGUCCACAGGCUGAUUUUUCAUUCGCAAAGGAAACCCAGGCUGGAGCUCCAAAUUAAAGAAGUGGAUGAAUUUGGUAACCACAGUUCACCUCAUUACAAAGGAACAGCAGUGUUUUAUAAAGUUACCAGAGAGAUGAUCACCAAGAAAUGGGAACAACCUUUGCCAUGUGGUGACUAUGAACACCAGACCCCACUGUGUAAAUUAGCACUGACGUUACCAAAGCACGAAAAGUUGAUCAACCGUCCACGAAGCACAAAGAGAACGUCCUCUGAUUCAUCAGAGGCCCCAUGGGACAACGCGCUGUACUGGCUGGCAGAGGAGCUGGCGGAAGAUAAUACGUCGUUGCUCACCCUACGCUUCCCCGUUCGGCGGAGCGUGCUGCAGCUGGUGAGGCUGAAGUGCCCCGAUGAUCUGACACACCAGAUCUACGAGCUGCUCUGCUGCUGGAAGAAGACCCUUCCAAGGUCGGCGGACAAACAGCGGCUCCUCUCUCGCUGUUUGCGGCAGAGCGGCAGAAGCGAUCUCUCCGAAGAACUUCGUGUUAAGUGGCAAAACAACGCGUUUGCUUGA